AUUCCAUUUAAAGAUGGCCGCUGCCCGACCGCUGGAUCACUGUGUCACGUCAAUUUUCACGAGUCCUUGAAAAAGUGUAUCACACGGAUGUUGGUGAUUGUGUCCCAGAGUGAUUAAAACAGUUAAAACCUUUCAGUAGUAUAACUUCAAUGAUAGAAUAAUGAACUAGGGAAUAAUGAAUUGUCAUCAGAUAUUGAGUGGUGCCUGCAACGCAGGCGACCGCUGCUACGCUGUCGGCUCCGUCGAGGGAAUAUCGUUCACCGCCUAUGCUGCUGGCUGCAACAUUGUCAUUCUCGCCAGCAACUUUGAAAGAGUUCAAAUAAUACCUGGAGCUGUUCACAAUUAUAUCAGAAUCAGCUGCUUGGACUGCAGCACUGACACAGGGAAGAUUGCUGCGGCGUAUGAGAAUCAAAUAUGCAUAUUUGAGCCAACUCCGCUCAUCCACAGUACUUGCUCACACCAAUUGGAGUACAGAUGGGUUCAAACCGGGAGUUUACAGACAGAAUUCAAUAUCACGUCUCUGUCAUGGAAUCUAGAGGGAACUCGUUUGUUAACUGGUGGGGAACUACUGCAGUUGUGGCACCAGAACAUCCAACCGUUUCAGGAAGAAACCACAAAGACGAAAAAUCCACCCACAGAAGAAACUCCAGCGCCAGUGGUUGAGCAGAAUCCACCAGGAAACUCCUCCCAAGAUCCUGGGGUGGUGACGUUUUCCAUCGGCGGAGAGGCGGAGAGUCCCGGUCCAGGGGACUCCAACUCAACUAAUGAGCCUGGGGGCUGGAAUUGCGUUUGGAAAUGUCGAACGGCCACACCGGUUCAUUUGAUGAGCUUCAGCCCUGAUGGUACUCUGUUCGCUACUACGGGACUCAAUGAUAGACUCGUUAAAAUAUGGUUUGAGAACAAACAAUUAUUUCCAAUCAGGAGCAUGGAUCAGACGGGCUUUGGGCAGUCGAUACCCAACGAUAGCUACGGUUUCGUUUAUGUGGCACAUCCUCGAGCUGUAACGCACUUGUCCUGGAGAAAAACUAGUAAAUACAUGCCGAAGGGAUCAGUAUCAAACAUGCUAGUGACAUCGUGUCGUGACAAUAUCUGUCGAGUGUGGGCUGAGACAAUACCCCCGGAAAUCGAGGGACUGGCCAACAUGAGCCAGUUUGAAGGCUCAGACAGACAUGGUCACCAUGGAAAACAUCGUCACCACAGUAUGCAUAAACACAGAUUUAUGCAACGACUCAAACACAUGAAGACAUGUUUUCACAUUCGACGCCAUGCUAAACAACAACAGCAUCAGAAUGGCCAUACUGCACCCACACUUCCAACUCUACCCUCUACAUACUCCGUACAUGAUUUUCACAAUAAUUAUCAGGGCGCUGGACAUUAUCCUGGGAUGCAUUUUCAUCUUGCUGCGAGUAUUAAUGCGGAGACUGAUAUUCCCUUGGUACCGAGUCUGGUCACUGGAGACCCUGAGAGAGAACCUAAUUUCAUUCUCCACUGGUUGAAUAACAAGGAAAUGCAUUUCACAAUGCAAGCUGAGAAUAUUCUUCAGGAACUAACCAGAAAAGUAGUGGAAAAAGAGGAGAGCCUGCAGCAUCACGAUUCCGACCACGCUGAACACGAUUCAGAGGACGAACAUACACCAAGCAGCGUCUUAUCAUGUUAUGGUCUGGCGCGUCCUACAGAGAAAGCCCCAAGGCAUCAACCCAACAUGAGAUCAGGAGUUGGUCGUGGUAUGAGUCAGGAGGACCACAGCAGUGAUGAGCAUCACACACCUCACACGGGAUCUUCUCAUCACAGUCUGCCGCACAGUGGUCACUCCCACCAGAGUUUAAGUAAUACAACCUCAAUCAACUCAAUAGCCACCGACGCCACAUCGACUAUAAACCACGCGCCCGAUUCACUUGACACAAAAAUCGAGACCCUCCUUCGAGAUUGGCACCACAAUCCCGACCUUCUCUUCUCAAUCCACCCAAUAGACGGAUCAUUCCUCAUCUGGCAUAUUGAAUGGUUAGAUGAGUACCAUCCGGGUUCCUUCCGUCAGGCUCAAAUUUCAUUUUCCACGCGCAUUCCCAACGCCUUUCCCCUAGGAGAUGCUUCCACAAUGAGCCACAACGUGUCCAUGUACUCUCAUAAUACUGGUGGUCCUCUCUUGAGCAUACGCGAGGUUGCCAAAUCCUCGACAAAAUCAAAUGAUCAUCUGGGCAAUGAAGUACCCACCCCUCUCCCGAGUCUGAUCGAACAGGACGAAGACCAAUCAACCCUAACGUCGAAGGCAGGCCAAGAACUUCUGCAAAGUGUGCAAAAUUCUACAGAUCAGAAGCCCAAUUUUCCAAAUCAAAAUGGUCCAGUUACAGGAGCAGAUCAUGCUAAAUCUACUCAAGAAGCAGUUCACGACCUCCUUGCACACCCCAGCCCUAUGGUCUCCAUGGUUUCCAAACACUCCAACGGAACCCUCAAUCUCUGGCAGUUAACAUUUGCGGACCGUACAAAGUUCUCGCAAGUUUUGUCUAUCGGUCACGCCUGCCGAGCCUCAGGCCAUCGCUUCCGAGUGAAUGACAUCACCUGUCACCCAGUUCUACCACUCUUAGUCACAACUUCUCAUCACAAUAUUCCAGAGUACAAUCCAAAGAACUCAACCUCCCGUAACCCAGAACACUCCGAUCAUCACAAUGAUUCGGCUUACAAGAAAGAGAUAAUGUCAGCUACUGGAUUCUGCAGUGAACUCAUCCUCUGGCGAGUGGACGCAGUUGGUCCAUUGUCCAAGAGUGGUGGAGUCUCAGAAUUGGCGAGAAUAAAUUCACCAGAGAUAUCAGCGUUCAGUAAUGUAGCAUGGAUUCCGACAUUACUCCCUUCAACGACUCUUGGAAAUCUUUCUAAUUCACCAAGCGCCUGUUUCGUUGCCAGUGAUGGCCAAUGCCUCCGGGUGUACCAGGCAGUGAUCGAUGCAAGGACAUUAUUAGCAGAAAUAUCGAUAUCAGAAAGAAGAAGUAGAAUGAUGGACUCUAUGGCGAGCCUGUCGACAGAUAUAUCUUCGGACGAUGAAGUCCGACAUUCAUUACACGACCGAAUUAAGAUCGUAUCACAACAAUCAACAGCUCGCCCAGGCUGCAUCAUUCAGUUGGAUGCUAUAUCAGAUGCCACUCAUGACUGGCAAAACACCCAAUUUCUGCACGUGUUCCAAGAGCAAUUGAUAACAGGAGAGAGAAAUGAUGAGAAGCAAACUGGAGUGGACAGUUCAGCCAAGGAUUUAGGCCUGAUGGAAUCCACUUUGGAUGCCAUGGUCGAUCUUCAGCAGUCCGCCAUAUUUGAAGAACCCUUUUACAUUGUUGUCCUUGAAAGAACAGCAAAAGGCACCACUGUACAUAUGUGGAGAUUAGUCAUAGCUUCUCAACCAGAAACAACAGAUCUGACUGGCUCGAUGAUGUACGUUCCAGAUUCUCAUUUAGUGCAGGAUGAGGAUGAGGAAGGUACACCCGGCAGACACUCUGAUGGCAGAAGAUCUAGACGACCGAGCCAAACUGGUGGUGGACGAAGUAGAAGAUCGUCACAAGCUGAUUAUGACUCCACUUACCUCCAUCGAAGACAUCACAACAGUCACGUCUUGAUAAAAACAACGAAAGUAUGUACUCAAGAGUUAGGUCUGCCUGAUGGUGUUGAGGUUGUUCAUGCUGCACCGGCUGCUGGCCAUCUGAGCAGUUCAUCGAUCUAUCCCGCAUGUUUUGCGCCAUAUAUCGUUGUAACUGCUUGCAGUGACAGCACAGUGCGUUUUUGGAAAUGCAAGGUAACGAAAGGUGAGGAUGAUCAACUUCAGUACGAAUGGAGGGAGUGGGAGAUGAUCAGAAAGGAUCAAGAGUCGACUAUUGAUAUAUCCGGACAGCCUUUGAACAUCAGUGCUGCUUACAGUGGACGAAUAGCUUGUGCUUACAAAUAUGGAAAAUCAUUCACAAGACCUGGGAAAAACGAUCCUGACUCGAGGUAUGUGAAUCUAUGCGUGGCUAUUUACGAGUGUGAGAGCACUGGGGGAAGCGAGUGGAUUCUUGAAGACACGAUUCAUCUAAAAAAUAUCCAUCUACCGAGGGUUCAAGUAGAUCAGCACUUGGAUCUGAGUUAUCUUUACGACAGUAGAUACCUUCAGAAGAAACAGAGAUUGACUCAAGUGCUUCAGACCCUGUCUCAUGAAGAUAUAAGAUCUCCUAGAAAUGGAGAGAAUGGAGAAACUAAGACGAACGCUGGCCUGCUUGCCGUACCAUCCUUCAGUACACUUCAAUCACUUCGGAAAUCUAUAAUAGAGAAUGGAAACACUUGUCCACUGACGCAAAAACAUCUUGUUCAACUUGAUUGGGUAUCUAAAGAAGAUGGUUCUCAUAUCUUGACGGUUGGUGUUGGUUCAAAGGUUAUGUUGUUCACACCGGUCUGUUCAGAUCUCGCUCAAGCCAACAUGAAAGCUAUGAAGGAGUCUCAAAGUACCAAUCGGCCGAUUCUGAGGAAGAUGUCAUCAUUAGCUCAGCCUCAAUUUGUUGAUGAAAUUCGGUGGAUGAAGUUGAGAAAAAUACGAUUGACCACUGCUGAUGGUCUCCCACCACUUCCUAUGCAAAUAUCUUGGGUGAGAGAUGGUAUUUUAGUCGUGGGGAUGGACUCUGAAAUGCACGUGUACUCACAAUGGAAACCAAAUCCUAAGAACGAAUGCUUUCAUUCGAAUCUCCAGCAUCAAGAGUCUGAUGAGUUUCAAGCCAGUAGAAAUCUUCGGGAUGAGGAUCUCAGGACUCUGGCCCAAGAAACGUCUCAGAGGAGGUUAACUAAUGUCUCCUCAAUGCCUCAUCUUUCUAGGGUCAGCAGCAUAAACUUAACGAUGUUGGAUGCUAAGAAGAAACGAGGUAUGCAGAAUGAUUCAGUGAGCUUCGACUACAUGCCAGAUUAUGGUCUUUUCGAAGCAUCUCGAAUCGCCUGCCCAGUUCUCCCUCAAUACCAUCCAAAGCAGCUGAUGGAGCUACUCAACUCCGGGAAGAUCCGAUGGGUCAAGGCAAUCCUCGCUCAUCUCGUCAGAUGUAUCACAAGUUCAUGUUCAGUGAGAGCUGAUGACGAGAAUCUAAUGAAACAGCGAAGUGGUUGGACCAGAUCUCGAACAAUGUCAGUGAGCUAUACUGGAACAACAUCGCCGUUGGAGCCUAGAGGUUCUACCACUCAAAUACCUGAGGAGUUAACACUAGAUUAUGCGGAGAUCACUUCGAUAUCUCCUCUCCCAUUAUGGACUCUACUCAUUGCGGAUAAAGAAACCAGUGCCGCACAGAUUCAGAAUGAGGAUAAGCAGGAUUAUAAUGAGCUCUUUGAUGGCCACAUGGACGAGGGUGAAUCUCUCGAUGACAUGUUGGACGAUAAUUACGAAGGCUCACGUCAGAAAGACAGAAGAGCCUCAGUACCAGAGCGUCAGGGAAUCUCUCAUUUCGGUCCUCGUCAAGGAAGACUCCUGUCACGAUUGCUGACCCAUACUCAUUUACCUGGACUAUCAUCCCUCGACCAGAUGCACCUUCUCGCUCUAGCUGACACAGUAUCUACUUGUAACGUAGAUUUUGCUGAGCGAUUUGCCAUUGAUGCUGCUAAAACAGCAAUCGCCAAAGAGAAUCUCACGGGAAUUCCUGACGGAGAAACCGUCUCCACGGACUCCCUCGACGAUUGUGGACUCCGAUUCUUACUAGCUAUGAAGCAUUACAACUAUCUCAUCAAGUGUUUGCCUUUAGUCCAGCGUGCACAAUUCCAGAAACAAGGAGUUUCUACUAACAAUCUAGUAUGGGCUUUCCAUUCAGAAUCUGAAGAAGAACUCUUAGCUCUGAUUCCUUCAUACGCCAAGGGACAGCCAAAGUGGUCGAUCCUGAAGGAACUGGGUGUUGGCUGGUGGAUCAGAAGCAAUACAGCACUGAAGACUUGUGUCGAAAAGAUCGCCAAAGCUGCUUUCCAACAGGACCAAGAUCCUUUAGACGCUGCUAUCUAUUAUCUGGCCAUGAAGAAGAAGAACAUCGUCUGGGGGCUCUUCAGGAACAAGAGGGACGAGAGAAUGACUGCAUUUUUCUCUAACAACUUCACCGAGGAUCGGUGGCGGAAAGCAGCUCUCAAAAAUGCUUACGCAUUACUAGGAAAACAGAGAUUCGCACAUGCUGCUGCCUUCUUCCUACUAGCUGGAGCUCUUCGAGAUGCCAUCGACAUUUGCCUCCAUAAAUUGAAUGAUAUCCAACUCGCUAUGAUCAUAGCCAGACUCUACGAGGACGAUAUGACGUCUCCGAACUUCAAGCGAUUACUCUGGGAGGAAAUCCUGGGGUGUGAUGAAAAUGGAGAAAAUCCUGACACCAAUGCUGCUCACCCUGACCCAUUCUUGAGAAGCAUGGCUUUAUGGCUCUUGAAGGAUUACUCUGGUUCAUUGAAUACUCUGCUGUUGACCAAUGUCGGUAGUCUUCAUCCACAAUAUAAUGAUGAAUCUGAAAAGCCUGAGGGUACAACAGCAAAUCCUAACGUCUUUAACUUCUACGUUUAUCUGCGGACUCAUCCCCUUCUGAUAAGACAAUACAUAGCAUCAACUGCGCAGGACAAGAAGAAAGGAACUUCAGUUAUGUUAUCAGGAUUUAGUUAUGGAACCGAGGGAAAAGGACAACCUGAUAAGCAACUGUUGUUGGAGGACAGCAUAACUCCUUUGGAGAGACAAUUGUACUUUACCACCGCCCAUGCACAUUUCAAAGCCGGAUGUCCAGCUCUAGCUCUCGAAGUACUAUCAAAACUUCCGAAUAAGGUGAUGGAUACCAAUGGUGAAGAUUCUCCCAGUAUUUUGAACAGUCCCGUUAAAUCAAGAACGAAGGAUGUCCAGAUUGAUACUGGAAUGAUUAAUUGGGAUGUGCAGGAUAGUGGAAAGGAAAGUGCUAAAACAGAUUCUGGGAUGGAUUGGGGUUCAUCGGCAAUAGAUUGGUCACAACCCGUCAAGAGAGAGGAGGAUGAGUUGAAGUUGGAUUGGGAUGAUGAUGAACCUGCGGAAGAGCUUGACUCACCACCGUUGAGCAUGAAAAUGGAUAGGAAAGAGGAGAAGAGUGAUAAAAUUGAGGAGAAAGAGGGAGAGGGGGUUAAGCCUAUGGCACAAUUGGAUAUUAUGGCGCAGCAGUUGAAGUUUGUGGCUUGUCUGAAGAUUCUCAUGGAGGAAUUGUCGACUUUGGCCACUGGAUUUGAAGUGGACGGUGGUCAACUGAGGUAUCAACUUUAUGUCUGGCUUGAGAGAGAAGUUGACGCUCUGAGACAAUUGUGCAGCUACAGUGUUAAUUCAGAUGGAGAUGUCACCAACGUGAUCGAAUACGAAGGUGGUAUGGUUGAUGACGUUGCUCCGUACAGACCUGGUGAGCAGCCAACGUUGCAUGAGAUUUUAGUUGCUGAAAAGCUAGAUUUUGAAGCUAAAGUGCAGAGAGCCGCUAGACGGAAGAAGUGGCUUAAAGCAAACGAGACACUCCUCCGCACUCUGCUCUCCUACUGUUCUCUUCACGGUGCAUCAGGCGGUGGUCUAGCAUCGGUUCGCAUGGAGCUCGUGCUCCUACUCCAGGAACUCCAGCAAGAGAAAACCCAACAACAGCUUCUCUCUCCACUUCCCUUCCCCACCACCCUUCCACUUUUGUCUGCCAGCGUUGCUUGCAACAAAACAGUUGUAGCAGAUCCUGUCCGCCAUCUCCAGUCCCUGGCCCACGAUAUGCUGCAGACCCUCGUGGAAUUGCGCUCUCCACCGACACCCAAUCGUAACACUCACUACUGCGAGGUCUUCAUAAUGCGCGACCUAGCAGUGGCCCUGAGCGCUUGCAUUUACCAGUCAUUGUGCGAUUCUGAUACCUUUGUGAUGAAGCAUCACCAGCCAGACAGCUUUCCAGCAGUUGCUGAAGUCGAAUCUUUCUCGGGUGGUCAUCUAGUCGCUUCUAAUCGUUACCACCGUCGUUAUUCCACUGAUGAGGGAGUGAUAAUUACAACUCUUCCCGCCAAAUGGCCGGGAGUUACAAAUCUUCGAGCCCUUUUAGCUAGAGAAAAGGACGAGGACACACCUAAACUUAAUAUUCUCCUGUGCGAGGCUUUCGUUGCAACAUUUAUGAGCCUAUUUGUUUAUGCUUUAUCGAGCUGUGACAGUCACAUACUCUACCGGCUUGUGGGUCACAGAUUUGACAAUAAUACAUGGGCCACUCUGUAUGGUGGUGGUGUUAAGAAAUUAGUUAGGAUAGCGAGCACAUCGAGUAGACCAUCGAAUAUUGUGGUUGAACGUGCUGAUAGUUUUUCGGGUGAGCUACAAGCUGCAGCUGGUGGUGUGUGGAAUACUAUGACAUCGUUGACUAAGCAACGAGUCAAGUUGAAUAUGAAAUUAUUAGGGCAAUUCACUGGACAACAGCCCAAUAUCAAGGAGGAUAAACCGACUUAUCGAGAACAAUUUGUCUCACCUCAGAUGAGCAUGGUAUCAUAUUUUCUAAUGAAACCGAGGAUUCAAAGCGAAUAUGCCGAUGAAAUAGAUUACGAUUCUUCGGAUUCUGCUGUUUCAGAUUUAGGUUCAUCUGAGGACGAAGAGGAUGUUUUUGAUACAAAUGUUAAACCAAAGAGUAAGCCAAAGGAUAACACAGAGCACUCAAAUCCUACGUCAUACAGUUGGUGCAUUAUGAGAUUAGCUAUUGUUAAGAUACUCCAGCAACAGCUCCAAGAUUUUCUAACUGUUGCUGGUAUUGAGAUGCAGGAGUUGCCAGUGAGUAGUCCAUUGAUUCAUGGAACAUUGGGAAUAGCUGCGCAGUGGCAAGAGACAUUGAGAGAUGAAUUGGAGUCCAAAGGGCCACCACCUAUUCAUUUUAUUCCUGGUUGUGCGCCUGAUCCUACACCAACGCCAGGAAAGCCAGCAAUUCACAAGUACAGGUCACUAUUGGAAAAGGAGAAUACACCUUUUAACACGAGAUUAGCUUCAGCUGCUCCUGCCAAUAGACUCUGGUCCUAUUUAGUGAGACAAGAGACUGUUCAGGAUAUCUUCAUUCGUGCUGUCUUUGGGAAGAGGAGAUCGUUAUCAGCUGUUCUUGAGAAUCAAUCGAAUGUUGAUGGAAAUACUAGGGGAGAGGAUAAGGGCAGUGAUUCUGGAACAACCAGUCUUCCUGAGCCAGUUAGGAUUAUUCAUAAAGAGCAGGAUAGUAUUAGUGCCUUCUGUCUCAAUCAGGUUAAUCCUGGUUUGAUGGCUCUCGCUACACCGAGAGAAGUACAGGAAAUGGAUAUAUCAUUGCUGCUGGAGCUACCGAGCUGGCUGGAGGAUGAGUGCGAGUUUGAUAUUAUUAAUUUGAAUAAACAGGUUGAUGCGGAGCCUAUACCACCGACAAGUUUUCUAGUCAUACAGACUGCUGCUGAUAGACCACUAUUAGCUCAGAGUCCCCAAUCAAAUAGCCCUCAGCCCCAAUCCGGAAUAGCGAGUCAAAGUGGACGUGGUGCAAGUGUCAUGAAGGGGAUGCCCGCUUUUCCUGGCUCCCACGACCUGCGCUUCUGUCAGUUUGUCGCUGAUAGGAGUAAACACUUGUUGAAGCCGAUCCUGAAACAUAAAAUCGACGGCAUUAGGAGAGUAUCUGCGCAUCCACUUCUACCUUUGUACUUAACUGGAUCUCAAGAUGGCUCAGUCUCUCUUUGGGAGUGGGGCCACCAAACAGCCGUGGCAACCCCUCGUCCUCCAGGAACUUUUGCUAAAGUUACCAGAGUCCGUUUCGCUCAGCACGGAAAUAAAUUUGGUGUGGCUGAUUCUGACGGUCACCUCUCGCUCUUCCAAGUCGCAUGCAGAGAGGGCACAGCCAGGCCCUUCUUCAAUUAUCAAUGCCAUAGCAAAGUAACCGCAGACUUUGUGUUCCUGGGUGCUUGCAGUCUUGUAGCAACAGCUGGUCAUGGCUCCGAGGGCCGAAAUGUUGCUCUUUGGGACACCCUAUUGCCCCAGAAUAAGUCUCUUGUUCAGGGAUUUACGUGUCACGAUCAGGGAGCGAGCUCGGUUAUUCUGGCUCCACAGCAUCAGUUGUUGAUCAGCGGGGGGAAGAAGGGGGAUAUUAAUAUAUUUGAUGUGAGACAGAGACAACAGAGGCACAGGUUCCAAGCCCAUGAAUCGGCUAUCAAGUGCCUGGCGCUUGAUCCUCACGAGGAAUUUUUCGUGAGCGGAGCUGGCGAUGGUGAUAUCAAGGUUUGGGGCCUUACUGUCCAUUCUCUGUUGUAUUCCUUCCCUGGUGAGCAUCCGAGAUCCAGUUUCUUCAAAAAUAUUGGUCAAGGGGUGACACAAUUGCACGUAGAUUCAGCAGGUAGACUGUUCUCGUGCGGUGCAGACGGUUCGAUGAAGGUGCGUCAGCUUCCCGAGCGUGACUGUGUCGUCCACACCCUCUAUUAAUACCUAUAAAAAAAUGGAGCAAAAACCCCCAGAAUAAUUCUCCCAUUUUAGUAAGUAAUUGACCCGCAACCAAAGUCACGCAUUAACGCCGAGCAAUGGUUACACUCUCCACGUCAAUGUACUCGCACAAAUCCUCAUUUCAAAGUCCCUUCUUAUUAUUUUUGCCGAAAUAUUGACGACAAUUUCUUCCUUUGAUUAAAUCCAAACGUCACUGCCAACCUGUUUCCACGUCGAGCAGACGAAUAAUUCCCACAAUUAAACUGACACAUUGUCUAUAAUUUUUUUAAGAGUACAUUUGUGGAAUGCAAUCUUGAGUGAAACCAUUGCUUAUCGACAUAAUAAAUGCUAUUCGCUAGCUUCUUAGGGGCGAAAAAAAAUGUUACGAGUAUUUCAAUGAAGGAGUGCAGGCGAA